CCAAAAAGCUCCUUGAGUCCUUCGAAAUGAUCUAUCCUAUCUAAUUGAAUUUAGCUCUUCUGUGAAUGCCCUUGUAAAAUCUGGAGAAGAAUCGAAUCGCUUGGCUGAAAAUGACUUACGAAGAAGCGAAAGAGAUCUAGACCGCACAACUCAAAGUUUGGAACAGUCGCGUUCGGAAGAAGAGCAAUUACUUGGUGAAGUUGAACAACUGCGGAAGAAGAUUUUUGAUCUAUGCGGAUGCUCUUCGCAAGAUGUAGCUGAAAAUCUAUCGGAAACGCGUCAUCUUCUAACAAAAGCGAGAAAGGAGCUUGCUCUGCUGAAGACAAAAGCUACAAUGUAUGAGCAGUGGAGUGAAGAAACGAAAACUCGUUCGUGCUGUCCCCUUUGUGAACGCAAAUUCUCAAGCAAAGCUGGUGCCAAUGAGCUGUCUGGAAAGCUUUUGGACAUGAGUCUGUCGAUGCCAGAUGACAUCCAAAAAUUGGAAAAACAAGUUGCCGAAGCUGAAGAAAAAGAGCGGUCACUAGCAAAUGCGGUUGUCUAUGUCGACCAGUGCAAAUGCUGGGUUUCAUGGCUGAAUCUGACUUUUCAGUCUGAUGUAUCGCUGAUGGAUUCUUUAUUCACAUCAGCACAAACACUUGGCAACGAGCUGAACGAACUGCGAAGACGCUGCAAGCCCUCUGUACAUAAGCAGCCCUUGUCAGAACUGAAGAAAGAACUUUCUGAGAAAGAGGAGUCCAUCGCUUCUGUUUCUACCGAGCUAGAUGAAAUGCAGGUUACUGUAGCCGAGCGAAACAAGCUGACAACAGAGUUACACGCGUUCAAGGAGCGUCGUAUAGCACUGGGAGAGUUGACAGCGCAAUCGGCUCAUUUGAACGAGACU